GUAUGCGGUUGCAGCAAGUGGGCGCCUGGUGCGGUUCGGUGCUCGGAGGUCGAGUGCUCGGGACAUCCCAGAGCUGCCUCCCGUGGUGGCCGUGUCAACUGGAAGUCGCCACAGCUGUGCCAUCCAGGAUGACGGACAACUCUGGUGCUUCGGCUGGAACAAAGAUGGGCAGUGCGAUGUCCCAGAAGAUUUAGGCCCUGUAACUGCAGUUGCGACUGGCGACUCGCACACGUGCGCCGUAACACUGGUCGGCGAGCUAGUUUGCUUUGGCUCUCGGCGGUUUUCUCAAGUCCCUGAAGAUGCCGGGCCGGUCGUAGAUGUCUCUGCGGGUGCGAAGCACACGUGUGCAAUCCGGCGAGAUGGGAGUUUCUUCUGCUUUGGGACACAUGGUGGCCACAUUCC